AUGAUCAGACACAGACACAAGGACAGCUAUAACUUGUGUUGCCUUCAAACACCCACAGAGGGAAUUAAAAAAGGCAUCAACACACAAGACCGAGACGAAUGUCAUAGGAUGAACACUGCUGGUGGGGUGUGUCUGUCUGUGCUGUCCUCCCUCCUGGCCGUGGCUGGGGCCCUGGCUGCGCUGUCUUCCCUCGCUCUAUCUCCUCUCUCUACCCUUGCUGAGGUUGCCCAUGGGGCUGCCGAUAGCAUACCCAGCACAGAGGCAGAAGGGGGCCCCUCACCCAUCUCCUCAUCAUGCUCCAGCCUUGUAGCGGGGGUGCUCUAUGGUUCUUUUUCUCUAAGGGAACUUUUUCCCUUCAGGACACCUGGUUGCUCAUGGUCCUUGGAAAAUCCAGAUCCUACAAAAUACUCACUCUACCUCCGCUUCACCCGAAACCCUAUCAUCUGCCAAAUACACCACCCUAUGCUCCUUUCUCUUGACCACCACCUAGCCAAUCAAAGCUGCCCUCUUCAUCUACAAACAGCAACAGCCAGGGAUCAGGAAAUCAUUCAUCUCUGCAGCAGCCCCUUGAACUCAGACAGACCUUACUCCUUCCUGCAGUUUGAUAAAAACUUUGUGCAGCUAUGUCUGACGAAACAUCCUGCUGCAGAUGAGCCUCAGGUUACUAAAGAAUUGCUGGAGCAGAGGCUGGUGGAGGUAUUGCUCAUUAACAACGAGAACUCCAGUCAGUUCACCUGUGGCGUGCUCUGCCGUUGGUUUGAGGAGUGUCUGCGGACGGAUCACAACGGGGACAAGGAAACUUAUGAUGGGGAUGUUUGUGAGAUGACGCAGACAGGCUGUAUUUGUCCUAAUCACAACAUCAUGGCACCGCCAAUUCCACUACUUCCGGAGACGCCACACAGUUUCAGCAAUGGCUCCCUCCCUGAUGACUGCUGUGUAACUGAACUUCAUUCCAAUGAGGCAAUUGCUAUAGCACCCAGAGAUGUCCGACAAGACCCAUACGACGAUGACCUUAAGGUGAAGACCCAAAGGCCACGAUCAGCUGACCUGCCAGGUGUGUUUCAGGCACAAACAGGUGAUCCAGCGGCAGAGGAGUGGUCACCAUGGAGUGUGUGUUCUCUGACAUGUGGGCAAGGCUGGCAAGUGAGGACGCGCUCAUGUGUCUCCUCUCCAUAUGGCACACUUUGCAGUGGUGCUUUGCGGGAAACACGCAUGUGCAACAACACUGUUACCUGUCCAGGCGACUCUGAAAUCAUAAGUUCAGUGCAUGGGCAGUGGGAGGAGUGGUCAUCAUGGAGUCUGUGCUCUGUGACCUGUGGGCGGGGCUCCAGAACACGCAUCAGGAAGUGUAUGGAUGGAGGUGGGGACAAGCCUUGCGGACAGCCUGAGAUUCAGACCAAGCCCUGCAACAUAGCCGUUUGUCCUGUGGAGGGCCAGUGGUUGGAGUGGGGAGCAUGGUCAAAAUGCAGCGUAACUUGCAACACGGGGACCCAGCUAAGGCAGAGGCGCUGCAGUCCAUCGGUGCACGGCUGGGCUGAGUGUAAGGGGCCGCAUCAGGAGAGUAGGGAAUGUACCACCUCUUCAUGCAGUGGCGGAGGUAAUUGGGGCAGCUGGAAUCACUGGAGUCUGUGUAGCAAGACGUGUGACUCUGGGUGGCAACGACGCUACAGGAUGUGCGAGGGCACUGGAGUACAAGGCUACCCCUGUGAAGGUUCAGGAGAGGAGGUCCGGUCCUGUAAUGAGAAGAAGUGCCCUGCUCCUCAUGAGAUAUGCAAAGAUGAGCACCUCCUUUCGAUGUCAUGGAAGAGAGCCUCCGCUGGAGAAACGGUCUACAACAAGUGUCCAACAAAUGUUAUUGGGUCUGCUAGUCGUCGAUGUAUGCUGGACAAUAAUGGAGUUGCUUUCUGGGGUCCUCCGAGCUUCGCCAGAUGCGUCUCCCUUGAAUAUAGACAAUUACAUUUAGCUUUACUAGAGCAUCUUGCGAAGGGUCAGAGGACCCUGGCCGGGGAGGGGAUGUCUCAGAUCGUACGGAGUCUCCUGGAACUUUUGCAGAGGAGGAGCUACUACAGUGGCGACCUUCUCUUCUCCACGGAGAUCCUACGAAAUGUGACGGACACCUUCAAAAGAGCAACCUACAUCCCAGCUUCCGACGACGUGCAGAAAUUCUUCCAGAUUGUCAGCCACAUGUUGGACUUGGAAAAUCUUGAGAAGUGGGAGGACGCACAUCAGGUGGCUCCCGGUGCUGCUUUGCUUAUGAGAAUAUUAGAAGAUUUUAUUCAUUUAAUUGGAGAAGCACAGAAGCCUUUUCAGAGUUUCCUGACAGUCACUAACAACCUCAUGAUAACCAUACAGAGAGAGCCAGUGUCUGCAGUUUCAAGUGAUAUCAACUUUCCCAUGAAGGGACGAAGAGGGAUGAAGGACUGGGCCAGAACAGCCGAGGAUAAGCUCUACAUCCCUAAAGAAGUCUUUACCAACCCCGCUGAGGAGCCCGAAAGAGAAUCCGAAACCACAAUGUAUUAUGUCAUUGGAGCCAUUUUGUAUAGGACCCUUGGCAUCAUCUUACCUGGACCAAAUCCUCCUGCGGUGAUCAACUCCAAGAUCCUGACAGUGACAGUGCGACCUGAACCGCAGCCAAGUGAGCCCCUGGUUGUGGUGGAGCUGUCACCGCUUUUAAACGGUACAUCAGAUCCUCAGUGCGUUGUCUGGAACUAUGGCAACCCGGAAGCUGGCGCAGAAAACUGGGGCACAGAAGGCUGCCAAACGCUUGCAUCAAACACUGUCCACAUCAAAUGCCUCUGCAGCAGGAUAUCCACCUACGCCGUGUUAACGCAGCAAGCUAAGGACCCGGACAUGGGUCCUACCAGCAUGCCCUCAGUGCCCCUUAUGGUGGGCUGUGGUGUGUCCUGCACCGCUCUCUUUAUCCUGCUGCUCAUCUACGCUGCCUUUUGGAGGUACAUCCGGUCAGAGAGAUCAAUCAUCUUGGUCAACUUCUGCUUCUCCAUCCUGGCCUCCAAUUUAUUGAUUCUGCUAGGACAAUCGCAAACACUCAACAAGGGGCUGUGUACUGUCACUGCUGCUUUCCUGCACUUCUUUUUCUUGGCAUCCUUCUGCUGGGUACUAACUGAGGCUUGGCAGUCUUACCUGGCUGUCAUCGGCAAAACAAGGUCGCGCAUCAUUCGCAAGCGUUUUCUGUGCCUCGGCUGGGGCCUUCCAGCCCUUGUUGUUGCAGUGUCAGUGGGUUUCACCAGAGCAAGAGGUUACGGCACAGCCAGCUACUGCUGGUUGUCUUUGGAGGGUGGCCUGCUUUAUGCCUUUGUUGGUCCAGCUGCUGUCAUUGUGCUGGUAAACAUGCUCAUUGGAAUUGUGGUGUUCAACAAGCUCAUGUCUCGAGAUGGCAUCUCAGACAAGUCUAAAAAGCAGCGAGCAGGUGUCCCAGCGGAGGCGCGUAGCCGACUACUCCUGAAAUGCUCCAAGUGUGGCGUGAUCUCGAGUACCGCUAUGUCCAGCUCGACGGCCAGCAGCGCCAUGGCGUCCCUGUGGAGCUCCUGUGUGGUUCUUCCUCUGUUAGCACUGACCUGGAUGUCGGCUGUGCUGGCCAUAACUGAUCGGCGCUCCACACUUUUCCAGGUCCUCUUUGCUGUCUUUGACUCUGUCCAAGGUUUCGUCAUCAUCACUGUUCAUUGUGCUAUGCGCCGAGAGGUGCAAGAUGCUGUUCGUUGUCGAAUGGGGGGAUGUAAAGACGACAGUGAAAACUCCCCUGACUCCUGCAAGAACGGACAGGUGCAGAUCAUGAAGGGCGUUUGUGGACAGCAGCACGGCUCUCGUCAGAACACACCCCUGUGUUUGUCUGGCUGUCACCUGCAGCUGCCGACACCGAUGUGCCACCACACAAGCCAGCAAGCCUGUUACCACGAUCUACCUAACAGCAGCCGCAACUGUGUGCUGGACCACAUCCACAAACAUGAGCAAAUCCCAUUACUCAACCAUAUCCAAAACCACGCCCCUAAUCACAUCAACAGCCAAUCAACGGAUUUUGAGAAGGACGUGGACUUGGCUUGUCAAACAGAGAGAGGACACCCAUUUAUUUUCAAAGAGGUUAACACCUGUAACCCAGCCACCAUCACUGGAACCCUGUCACGAAUCUCCCUGGAUGAUGAGGAUGAUCCAAAGCUUGCAGCACAUCAGGAGGGGGGCUUGGGGGUCAAUUUCAGUUCUCUUCCUGGAAACAUCCCACCUCCAAACCUCAUUGUACAGGUUCCAACAUUAGGAGGACUUAAUGAGCUCAGCGAGACACCCCUAAAGAAGGAAGUAAACAUGGACCAACAGAGACAGCAGGAGCAACCACGCAGCACCGCUCCAAUCUACUUGUGUACCGAGAGCGGCCUGGGGUGGGCUCGGCCACCUGCAUCCUCUAACAAUUCCCAGGAUGGAAGUGCUGGAAGUGGGGGGAGUGGUGGGGGAGGAAGUGGUGGAGGAGGAGAAGGAGACUACAUGGUCUUGCCUCGUAGGACGGUCAGUCUCAAACCUCCAGCGCCCUCUUCGCAAGGUGGAGGACUUGGCGGCGAGGACAAGCCUCUUAACAUCGCGGUGGAGGACCCUCCCUUUCCCCCUCCUCCCUCUCCGCUUACCCUCCACCCAGCAGAAAGCGAGGCCUAUCCGGCAGAUUUUGUGCCAUCCAGCGUUGGUGACAUAAAUAUCACCAUGAACUUAAACCGCUCCUACGGGACUAUCAAAACCGUGCCCCAUGGGCAUGGCCACUUGAUGGGUCAGGGUGGGCAUGUACACUCCCACGGAGGACACAUGCACUCCCACGCGCAUUCACUCCACCUAAAGCCAGGCCAGAGGCCAUCAGUCAGACAGAUCCUGACAGGGGGAACUACAGUGGAGAGAACCCGCACCCUUCCACGUAACCUGGGCAGCAGCAAUGCCAACACCAGCCUCUCAGCAGGAUCCCUGGAGAGGAAAAGAGUACGGUACUCUGAGCUGGACUUUGAGAAAGUGAUGCACACUCGCAAAAGACAUUCUGAGCUGUACCAUGAGCUCAACCACUCGUCCAAGUUCCACACCAUAGACAGGUAUAACAGGGACCCAGCCAUGUCCACAUUCAAGGACAAGUCCAACCCCGAGGACCAAAGCUCCUGGGACAGCUUCAAGACCAUGACCCACGAGCUGUCUAUCGUGCCUGGGGAGCAGAAAGACCGUCUGGAAUUGCACAACAAGAACUGGGACUCGUCCUCAGCGAACACACCAGACUCAUCCGAGGGAGACUUCCAGACUGAAGUGUGAAGACACACAGACGUUCAUGCUCACCUUAACCACAGGCGUGAGCUCAUGUUGAGAUACAGACACACAGAGAUAUAGACACAAGAAUCCCUAAAAGAUAUACAUAGGUACAAUUUUUUGUAAAGGAUCUUAGACAUUCUGCUCCCUGCCUCAUGCAAUGUGCUUUGUUGGAUCCCAUACUGUAUUUGUUUACAGCUGCAGACAUACAUGAAAGGAAGACUGAUCUUCGCUCUAUUUCCGCAAAGACAAUUGGGGGAAAAAUAGAACAGGGGCUGAAAAGAUCUGUGACUAAAGACAAUUUUUAAAUGAACUUCAAUGACAAAAAACUUAAUUUCUGAGAAAAAGGUCUUGAUUUUAUUCUAAAGAUAAGAAAAUAUCUUAAAAGUGUUUGAUGACUUGGGGAGGGUUGUCUGGUAUGGGAGAGAGAGAAAAAUAAGAAUAUUUCUGCACUCUUAUUCUUUUUUAUAGGAGGGGGGGGGGGGGUUUCACCAUAGUUCCCCAAGGCAAUUUACUUUCCUUUUAUUUUCUUUGUUGUUAUUAUUUCAAACAGAUGAUGAAAGUAUCCGGUUACUCAAUCAUUCCUUUAUGUUUGCUUUGUUUUCGUCACAGCAAGAGUGAAUUGGGAAUGACGGGGAGAGAUAGAGCUACUCACUGAUUAUGUGCCAUUCUUUUACAUGUCUUCAGGUUCUGGCUCUUCUAGACACACUUUAUCCUGUCACAUCUCUUAAUCUUCCAAUCUUUAAUUUUGUGUUUAUUCUAUUGUUAAGUGAAAGGAAACAUCCUUCCCUGUGUUCGGGUUCAAAAAAAAAAAAAAAGUCACUGUAACAAAUGACAACCCGUUGACUUCUGUUCCAUUGUUUUAUUGUUCAAUGCUUCAUUUGUUCAAGGAGAACUGAUUUAUUUUCACUGAUUUGUGCUUGAGCUGUUUAUUAUAUAUUUUUUGUUGUUUUUCAUGUAUGAAGAGAUUCAAGUCACAUAAAAUUUUAAAUGCCUUCUUAUGAUAGAGCACAUGAAUAUGACAUUGCAUUUGAAUAUGGUUUGGAACAGAAAACUGACACAUUGGUCAUAAAGAUUGUAGCAUCUUUUUUGUUCUUUCCAAAGUUUAUAGGUUGCAUGAUUUGAUCGCUUGUGCGUGGCUCAUCGGUCAAUCGCCCCUUUGCCAGUUUGUACCCCUGUUUUGUACCUAUGCAUUAUCAUUUUAUCCCUUUUCUAUUCCCGUAUAAGCAAAUUGUUUCAUACGAAUGUAGUUUACCACUGCAUAUGAGAUCAUUUUUUGUUGUAGGGACAUAUUUUCAUCAAUUAUUGAAAUGAAUGUUCACAAAAAUGCUAACAAUUAAAAUAUAGUUUAAUCCAGUUAUAUAUACUUUCUAAAAACUGUUUUUAUGUAAAUAUUUCCCAUAAUUAAUUUUGGUCCUAAAACCUGACUUGGACAAUUGAGGCCUCAAGCUGGUAGUCAUUAGUGAACGGAGUCACUGAGCUAGAUUACCUUAAAAUGGGCAAUAAAUAGAAUAGACAAAUUCACCGAAAAUCCUCAGUUGUCAAAGCAGAAACAACACAUUUGCCUGGCAGGUAUGAAUAGAUGCGUGGUCAUUGUAGUGGCUCUUGUGGUAGAAGGCACAAUUUUGUACCUGAAAACCUCACAAUAAAGAAAAGGGAGAAAUUGCAGAGGUACUAAAUGGCAAAGGGUUGAAAUGACCAGUGAAAAAGCUAACAUGGUUAACAUUCAUGCAGAAAGACUCUGAAAGAAUUUGAGUAAAUAUAUUAUCCAGUUUUGAAAUCAUUCUUGUCUAAAUGGGACCCAUAAUAGCUAAAGUCUAGUAAGCGAUAUUUUGUUUUUUUUUCUUUCCAAGAUACCAAGGAACUUUUGCUAGCUCCAUCAGCUGGAAGUGAGAUUGCAUUCGGAGAAAGUUAGGAGAAGAAAAACAAGGACACAACGGUCCUAAUAACUGUAGCAUUUUCUGAGUUUUAUCUCCUGGUUUGAAGGUUGCCUGGUAUGAUCUAUCUUACAUCACUGUGAUGCUAAAAACAAGGAUAAAAAGAGUGAUUAAUGGGACUCAUGUUGGCAAAGCACCUAUUGGUGGCUAAUUCUCUCUUCCCAAGUUGUAAUAGGAAUAAUUUGCUAAACAAGACAUUGCCUUUUCCUGAAGAGAUAAAAAAAAAUCCCUAGCUUUUGCUUUAGUGUGCUAUCUCUACCUCUUUUAUAUUACCUGCUCGGAACUCAGCAUGAAAUCUUAAUGCUACAAGCAGCAAGGCCAAAUGCAUAAUUUCUUAUUUCCAUGUAUUCCAAACUGUGUGUUUUUAUCUUAAGGUCUGUGAGCACAGCAGCGACAAAAAUAGAGCACAAAAUAUACAUUUUAGAAUAAGGAGGAGCUAAAAAUUACACUUCCUGCUAGACUUUUAACACCUGGACUGCAGUUGUUACAAAAGGAUAGCCAGUUUUCUGCAAUUUUUGCAUUGGUUUAAGUGAUAAAGUGUCAGGUUUGAGGGUGACAAUUAUUCCUCUGAAGAAAGUGCAAAAAAAAAAACAGGUGGCCAAGAUAGAUUCCAAAAUAACUCCUUAAAAAGGAGACUCGAAACAGGCAGAGAUGAAGACGAAAGGGAGUCCUCAUCUGGGGAAGGCGAUUUGUCCUGACAUUUUCCAAUGCAGCCCUCGAACCAUCUGUUUAAGGUUCCCUAAUGUGGUGGUAGAGCAGCACGGCGCAGAUGGCGAGACAAGAGCGGCGCCCUUCUAACCUUUCAAGCUAAUCAGCUGAUAGGCAAACCUAACGCUCCACUUCUCUCUGAGGAGGAAGACUGAUCUGAUCCCAAGUUGCCAAGGUAAGGUCACAUUCACCUGACCUCUUGCGAGGCAUAGGACCCAGAUCCACCAAUCAAAGCAUUCGUCUGGCAGCUUCACGGUCACACUCAGUAGCUGUUACUCCACGGCAUUCUCUAUUUUCCUUGUAUCCGUUGAACUGGUCAAAAAAAGGGGGAAAAGUCUUGCUCCUAUGGCAAUGAGAUUGCAGAAAGAAAGACACAUUCAGGAUUGCUUUUGGCAGUGUAAGAGAUUUACUUUCCAUUAGGCAUAUUUUUCAUCUUGUAUAUUGAGACUUUCAUGCUCAUUGAUGACUGAUUUUAAGCUUUUAUGGUCCAGAACAGUAAAAUGACAUACUGCUAGACCAAGUGAAAAGUUUGCCAUGCAUUCGUCUGUAAAUCUUUUUUUUUUUCUUCGAAUAAAUGUGCUGUAAUGCUUAUUAUAACAAUAGGUCGAGAUUGUAUGCUAACUUUUAGAGCCACUUUUCUUUUUCUUUAAAUUUUUUCCCAGGUCAACUUUCUUUGGGGAACGCGACACAUAAGAAGGCAGAGUGUCAACUGAAGUCCAAGUAGAGUCAAUUCAAAAACCUUCACAGCUCACCUUUCAACCUGUCCAGCCUGCAAGCCUUUGAUGCUUCUAGAAACAUCGAACAUUCCAGCUGGUUUUAUUACUGAGAGCCCCUCACUUUCUCCUUCAUUUUUGUUCUUUUUAUACAUAAGAUUGUACAAAGUAGUCCUCUAAUGUUUUCAUAGUGUCUUUUUAUAUGAAAAUAAAUUUUCAAACUGA